UUCUAUUUACUAUAACAAUUUUAAAAAAAUUAUAAGAAAUAACAAAAAUGGCAAUGUGUUAUCAGAAACACCCUUUUGAAAUCGAAUCUGAAGAUAGGCUUACCACUAUAAAUUCAAAGAUAUUUGAAGUGAAAAAGAAAAUACAGUUAUCAGAGGGUCAAAGAAAAUCCCACUACGAAGAGAAUGAAGCCGAGAAGAAACAGAAUAGUGAUCUGAUAGACACGCUGAAGAAGGAAAUUCGCCUAAGACUCCAUGAACUCGCACAAGCAAGGGAAAUUGUAGCAGACGAGGAAGCUCAGGUCAAGAAGUAUCUGAAUGACGUUUGCCCUAUUGGCAACAAAAGUGCCGAUCAGCUAAUACACAAUUUAGAUUUAAAAGUAAUAGAACAACGAAAGAUAUUGGAUUUACUGAAAUACGAAAAAGGAAGUAAAAAGAAAAAGCUGCAAGUUCUUGAGACAGAAUACGAGAAAUUAUUAAUUGAAAGCACUAAAAGUGAUCUGGUCAAGUCUAAGAUCACUACAAGGGCUAGAAAGAAUGUAUCUCAUCUAGAAAAUGAAAUUCACAAAGUCCUUAUACAGUGGACUGAAGCUGAAUUAGUAAAGAAAAAAUAUUUUUCUAUCAGGCAAGCUCUGCUCGAAGAUUCAGUAAAAUUUGAAAGUUCACUCAGCCGCAUUGAGGAGCUACUGAAAAAACAAAAUGAAGAAAUUAAAAAACUAGAGGUAGUCCGUGAAGAGGCAGCGGAGAUGCGCGUGCGCGCGACGGCGGCCACGGCGGCGGAGGCGGCGCGCGCGCACGACGCGGAGCACGGGCGCGCGGCCGAGCGAGCCUUCUUCGCGCAGCGCUUCGACGAGCGCAGGCGCGAGCUGGAGAAGCUGGAGAAGAGGAUCUUUCCACCACCAGUUCGAACUGUGCGUCCAGAAUCUGCAAGAUCAUCUGAAAGAGAACGGUCCCCAGAAGACCAAUCCGCUACUGCUCAGAUGGAAGACACUUUCCAGAGACUGAUGAAGCUUACAGGAGUAACAGACCCGGAAGAAGUAUUCGACCGCUUCAGAUCUCAGCGCGAGACGUUAAAGCGGUUGAACUAUUUACAACAGACAACAGAGGAGGAGAAACUGCAGUUGGAACAAACGCAGACAACCUUGAUGGCUGAGCUGGAGGGAUACAAAUUCGCUUCUGUUAGGGAUAAGGAUGAGGGACAAGAAGAAAUAGUAGAAUUGAAAGCGAAAAUAAAGGAAGAAGAAGAAAAACACAAGGAAUUGCUAAAGAAGUACGAAGACCUUGAGAAGUUCCUUUUGGAGAUCAAGAAAUUGGUUUACGAUCUAUGCAAAUUAUUGGAUGUGGUUGGAGAACCACCGAUGCCAGAAUGGACGGCGGAAGCUCGCGACAUUGGUGAAACGCUCUCAGUACUAACAGCACGGUACAACUCGGCCAGAAAUCGCUGCACCGAACUUGCUCCCAAGCAGAAGGAUUAUGCCACUGUCGCUUCCAACACCACAAGCGGAGCGCCAUCAGUCACAGGAGUGAGCAAUCGCAGCCCCAGCACGCUGAAGGAAUCUGAAAAGGCCCUGCCAACUUACAAAGAACUUGUCGCCAAGGAGCCCAUCAGAGCUCCACCUUCCGACGAAGAAGACGACAUACCAUCCCGAUGUUACCUGAAGCGUCAAGCGCAACUGAUCGUCGACACCAAGUGCAGAAGAAAAGGGUUCCGUGCGCCUUACCCGAAGAAAUAAAUCUGCUUUGCUUUGCCUGAGGAUGCUUGACAACAAACUAAACUAUAAGGUUGAGAUCGGCUGCGCACUUUGACUUUGCUCAAACUGUUUUAAGCGUUACAGUGUUACAUCGCUGGCAUAGAUAAAUCUAUCUGGUUUUAGCUGUAUUUAAGUCCGAGCAAAGUCAAGUGGUCA